GUGUGAGUACAUGCAAACAGCACAUGUCGGGGGCUGGUAGUUCUCUUAUAAGGACAGGAGAGGAGCAGUCACUCCCACAGUCGAUACACGAGCAUUGUCUUUCAGUAUUGAAUGUGAGCACGCUUCACUCUCACUACUUGCUGUUUGUACAUCUGCAACUGUAAAGAAGACCCCUCAGCCAGACCAGGAGGAGCUCUAGGAGACUCUGGCUUCACUGAGUUUUGCUGAAUCUGGUGUAAAAACACAUGAACAUGGAGAAGCGGGACUGUUCAGCUGAGGAGUUUUUUGUGCAGAGGAAAGUCCUGGAUGAGUUACACCUGGAUGAAGUGGCCCAGAAAGGGACGUGGUCCACUAAACCCACCCUGGGUGAACAGAUGAAGGAGUCCCUGAGGUGUUCAGUGCCGAGGCUGAAGCAUGCGGUGCUGAGCUGGGUUCCCGUUCUCAGCUGGCUGCCUCACUACUCCUUCAGAGAAAACGCCAUCGGGGACCUGAUCUCUGGCUGCAGUGUGGGCAUCAUGCAUCUGCCACAGGGCAUGGCAUAUGCUCUUCUGGCUUCCUUGCGCCCAGUGUAUGGCCUUUACACUUCCCUCUUCCCAGUGUUGGUCUACUUCAUCUUUGGUACUUCCAGACACAUCUCCAUAGGUACGUUCGCUGUGAUCAGCAUCAUGAUUGGGAGUGUGACGGAGAGGCUGGGCCCAGACAGCAACUUCAUGGGCAACGGCACUAAUGGGACAGUGGACUACGAUAAACGGGAUGCAUUCAGAGUGCAGGUCGCGUGUUCCCUGACAGUCCUGACUGGAAUCUUUCAGAUCCUGCUGGGUGUGGUGAGGUUUGGUUUCGUGGUCACCUACCUGUCAGAGCCGCUGGUCCGUGGCUACACCACAGGAUCAGCCUGUCAUGUGUGCAUCUCCCAGCUCAAGUAUCUGUUUGGAGUGAAGCCAGAGCGCUUCACAGGUCCUCUCUCCCUUAUUUAUACGCUGGUGGACAUCUGCCGGCUGCUGCCUGAGACUAAAGUGCCAGAGCUGGUGGUCAGCCUGGUGGCGCUCGCAGUUCUCAUCGUGGUCAAAGAAGUCAACGACUGCUACAGACAGAAGCUGCCUCUGCCCAUCCCGAUAGAGCUCAUAGUGGUCAUAGCUGCAACAAUCAUCACUCACUUCUGUGGACUGACAAGCAAAUACAGUAUCGAUGUGGUUGGAGAGAUUCCCAGUGGGCUUAAAGCCCCUCAAGCUCCAGAUGUCACAUUGUUCUCAGACGUGAUAGGCGACGCCUUCGCAGUGGCCAUCGUGGGCUACGCCAUCAAUAUUUCCCUGGGCAAAACGUUUGGCCUCAAGUAUGGCUACAAGGUGGAUAGCAACCAGGAGCUGGUUGCUUUGGGUCUCAGCAACACUGUCGGCGGCUUCUUCCAGUGCUACUCUGUGACUUCCUCGUUAUCCCGCAGCCUCGUACAGGAAAGCACCGGGGGCAAGACACAAGUCGCAGGAGUGAUUUCAUCUGUCAUCGUGCUGAUCACAAUCUUAAAAAUAGGUUCCCUCUUUGAAGAUCUUCCCAAGGCUGUCUUAUCCACCAUAGUGUUUGUGAAUUUGAAAGGGAUGUUCAAGCAGUUCAUGGACGUGCCCGCGCUGUGGAAGACCAACAAGGUUGAUCUGCUGGUGUGGCUGGUAACAUUCGCAAGCACCAUCCUGCUCAACCUGGACCUGGGCCUGGCCGUCUCCAUCGUCUUCUCCAUUCUCACCGUCAUCUUCAGAACACAGCUACCCCGCUACUCUAUCUUGGGCCACGUGUCGGGCACUGACCUGUAUCUGGACACAGACACCUACAAGGAGGCCAAAGAGAUUCCAGGAAUCAAAAUCUUCCGUUCAUCUACGACAAUCUACUACACGAAUGCUGAGAUGUACUUGGAGGCCCUGCAAGAGAAGAGCGGAAUCGAAAUCGGAAAGCUGCUGACGCAGAAGAAGAAACGAGAAGCGAAGCUGAAGCGUACACAAGAGAAGGAGAAAAAGAAAGCUAAAAAGGAGGCAAAAAAACAAAACAAAGCGAUCAGCCACUUGUCCAGUGGCACAUCCUCUUUGCAGGAGUCAGAGAUGAAAGAGAGGAGGGUCUCUCCAGGACAGAAGAGACAGAGUCAGGGGAAUGGCGUGGACUUAAGCCUGACAGAAACUCCUAAAAAUGGCCGAGUAAACUUGGCAUACCAACAUGACGCGACCAUGUCAGACUCCGAUUCAGAUACAGGGGGCCACAUCAACACCCAGGCAUCACACAGUGGUGAUGAGGACAAGGCCACCCACAGCAUCAUCUUGGACAUUUCCACAACCAGCUUUGUGGACACAGUCGCCGUGAAGACCAUGAAAAACAUAUUCAGGGACUUUGGAGAGAUUGAGUUGGACGUCUAUCUAGCAGGCUGCCAAGCCUGCGUCGUGGAGCAGCUGGAGACCGCAGGUUUCUUUUCAGAGUCCAUCCCAAAGAGCAGACUGUUUGUCACUGUCCAUGAUGCAGUGCUGCAUAUUCUCCACAAAGUGGGCCGUGGCGACUUUGUGCUCGAUUUGUCCUGCACCACUCAGAUGUAACCAGCAGGGGUCAGACUGUUCGACAUCUUCCUCCUCCUCCUCCUCCUCCUCCUUCUCCUAUUCUCAGGCGGCUGGCUGUUCAGCUGCACACCAUUGGUCGUCAUUGGUCUCCUCCCCCUUCAGUGGGGGAGAAUGCACCACCUUGACAUGGCGGCUGGUCGCCAUGGAAACACAGGGAGCCGUUGCUGUGGCAACAGCCUUUUUAUGAUAUCGUCUAAUGAGAUAGCCAGCAAUACGUCACUGCAGCUCUCUCCCUCUGUGGUGUGUGUGUGUGUGUGUGUGUGUGUGUGUGUGUGUGUGUGUGUGUGUGUGUGUGUGUGUGUGGUUGCGUGCGAGACAGAGGAGGGGCGGGGGUUGAGUAGGAGAAUGUAACACUGGACUAAUAGGAGUCUGUAUUUAUAGCCUGUGUGAGAGAGUAGAGAGUGAGUGAAAGGUUGACUAUAAGGGGAAACUCAUGAGAGAGGUGCUGCAAUGAAAAGGUGGGUCUCGGUGUGUGUGCACACGUUUGUCCUUCAAUGUCAUGACCCGAUGCAGCUGGACUUCCUGUUCCUUUAAAAAAAGGAAAUUUCUUACGCAAUAAAUCAAUAAAAUGUAAAUAUGUUUCCCUCUGGGAGGGAUGCUCAGUCCUUACAUUACUGCUCAUUUGGUCCAAAAUGCCUAAAGCUGAGUAGCCUCAGCUGAAUUGCAAAUAUGGUGUAAUAGGUGUUACGUUGAAAAGAGCAGCAGCGCUUAAACAUGUCGUGGGUGUGUUUGUAGUCAGUAUUCACAAGUCUUAGUCCUCUGACAUGUUGAGCUCCCUUCUAUUUUUGGGAUCCAGUGUCAUGUUAUCAUCUGAUAUCAACUGUUGGAAGCUAAACACUGUACUGUUGUGUGCUUAUAUAUGUUUCAGUUGUAUUGAAUUGAUUUAGACAGCUAAUUCAGACAUUUGCUCCCAGUCAUAACAAUGUUAUUUUUUUAAAGGAGACUUAUUCUGCUUUUUCAUUUAUUUUCUUUCCUCCAGUGUUUCAUAUACAUGUUUGUGUAUAUAGCAGAGCUUGACUGUUUAACCGACCGUAGCACCCACCGCAUCACCGGGGGUGACCUUAAAGAGACAGGAGCUAAAACAGAGCAUUUCAGGCAGAUGGGGAAUACAGUGCUGCAGCACUGGACAUGAUGAGAAAUCAGAUGUGUUUUUUAAGCACUAAGACAUAUAAAUCUAUUCUAGUAGUAAUCCAAAAUAAAAUUAUGAACCUGAAAAUGAGCGUGAUAUGUCUCCUUUAAAAGGUCCAUUUAAGUUUGCAGUUACAUAAACUGGGAAAAUAACUUCCCUGAAGAAAUGAAUGGUUCCUUGGAAUAACCACUCCAAAGUAAACACUGUCAGGUGUUGUAAAUUACGGAACACACACACUUCCUUGCUAUUGCUUAUCACUCCCUGCCAACCUGACUGAUUACACCUCCAGUUGUCUGUCAACUGUUUGACUACCUGCUGAGUUUAUCUUUUUUUAUACAAAUGUAAAGGUGAAGCAUAUUCUGAUGUGAUUUAACCACAAUACUUUCUGUACAUAUCUAUUUUAUGAACAAAGGAGUUUAACCCGCUUCACAUGGAGCUGUAAGAGUAGGGCUUUCUGUCUUAAACAGCGUACUCCAGUAUUCUUUGGACUGUGAUCCUGAAGUUCUUCCUGAUAAGUUUCCCUUGUAUGUUUUAUUGAUAAAGUAUGAUUGAGACCAUGUGAAUAAAGAGCCAUAAAAACA